AUGGACUCCCCACAAAAAAAGCUUGGAUCCAUGGACGGCGAGCUGCUGCCUGUGAGUGCGAGUGCGACCGUGGCCAAGAAGACCUUGGCCGCUCGUCUGUUCCAGGAUCAUGUCCUGCUGCUCAGCGCUUGGGCGCUCUUCACGGCCUUCGUCCUCGUCGUCUCCUGCGCAUUGGGCUACGCAAUCGCCUACGCACUCGACCACUUCCACGUCCCCUGCAGCCAGGCCUCCUUCUUUCUGCGGUGCCACAAGCCGACGGACGCGGAGGCCGCCGAGGUGACCGCCCUAGUGAUCGGGAUGCUGUGCUGCGCUACACUCCAGGCGGCCGCGGCGGCGCUGGCGCUGCUGCUCCCGUGCCGCCGUCCCUGGGUCCGCUGCGCCCUCGCCUACCUCGCCCUCGCGCUCACCAUCGCCGGCCACUGCAUGUACGCAGUCUUCCUCAACCACUUCGCCAACCCAGGAGACCUCUUCUUCAAGAUCUGCUGGACCGUGGCCUUCGUCGUCCUCGAGGCGGAUGACAUGAUCUGCUUGCUGGUCCUCCUGCUCCUAGCUUCCAAAGAAUAA